CAUUCACGGCUGAGGGGUGGAGAGGAGAGGGGGGGUGAUCCCAUCCAUCCAUCCACCACAAAUCUAGUGCUCACUGUGGCAGAAUUGCAGUGCACUGGACUGUACAGAGUAGGGUGCCAUCCAAGGCUGGUAGUCUGUGAGGGGUGGGGUUCGGCUACACUGAUACCACCAAAGAACAGAAGCUGACAGAGGAAGAACACGGAGAGGCGGAAAAAGACAGGCGAACAUAAAGAGAGAGAGCGAGAGAGAGAAGAGGGGGGAAGAUUUCACCUGAAGAGGAAUAUCAUACGGGAUGAAAGGAGACACCCCAGUGAACAGCACCAUGAGUGUCGGCCAGGCCAGGAAGCUGGUGGAGCAGCUGAAGAUCGAGGCUAGUUUCUGCAGGAUAAAGGUUUCGAAGGCGGCGGCCGACCUGAUGGCAUACUGCGACGCGCACGCCUGCGAUGACCCCCUGAUCACCCCGGUGCCCACCUCAGAAAACCCUUUCAGGGAGAAGAAGUUCUUCUGUGCUCUGCUUUGAGACAAAUCAGGGAUUGUUGUUGAUUCAAAGUACAACUGUACAGUAUGUAUGUACAUGUAUGUACAGCACAUACGUGUACUUCCUACUCAAACAAGACGUCGGUGUACUAUAGUAGCCUCACAUAAAAAAAUAAAAAUAAAGCUGCCAAUGUACCUUUAAGAGUCAUCUACAAAAUGUCUUGGUCUAAAUUUCUUGAAUCUGGGAAAUUUGUACAAAGGGAGAAAAAAAAAAAAGGAUUUGAGUCAAAAAAUGUGAACAU